CUGCUGUUAUUAAAUGUGAAUAUUCACAAAAUCAUUUUGGAGAUGUCAAGGCUGUAUUCAAAGAGAACAAAAAUUCCAUUGAAAUGAUUUACAAAACUAAAACCAAUAUGGGGAAAAAUAAAGGAAGAUUCAGUGUAAAUGAUUACACAGAUAAAGGUCAAUUAAUCAUAACAAUUACUGAUGUGAGAUCAGAAGAUGCAGGAGUUUAUUUAUGUGGAGUUCAGCGUAACAGAGGCUCCUACAGUUACUCCAUUAUUACUGCUGUUCAUCUCAACAUUAUGAGUCAAGUGGGUGUGGUCAUAGUGAGCGGAUACUCAGGAGGUCAAAUCAUCUUCAAGUGUCAUCACCCUCAAUACAAAAAUAACCCAAAAUAUCUGUGUAAAGAAUCAGAUGGAUGUUCUGAGAGGAAAUCUCCAUCAGUUCAGGAUCAAUGGAUGAAGAAUGGAGAUGUUUCUCUAUAUGAUGACACCACAGCAGGAGUCUUGAUGGUGUAUUUUAGAGAUCUCAAUGCUGGAGAUGCUGGGACAUACAGGUGUGGAGUGAAAGUAUCUCAGUAUACUGAGAGCUUCACUGAAAUACAGAUGGACAUUAAACAGGCGCUGACACACUGGUGGGUGAAUAAAUCUGUUUAUGUUGGUGAUGAAGUCAAUAUUAGCUGUCAGAUCCCAGAGGAACAUCAAGUCUCAAAACUCUUCUGUAAAGAGGAUGAAAAUCACAUCUGCCAAAACAUCAACACAUCUAAAGUUAAACUGAAUGAUUUAUCUCCUAAAAGUGUUUUUACUGUGACCAUCAGUAAUGUGACAGUGAGAGAUGCUGGAGUUUACUGGUGUGGAGCAGAAACCACUGAGAGAGAUUUAACUUUCAUCUCUCUGACCACUAAAGUUCAACUCAAUUUGAUCAUGCCUCCAGUGUUUGGAGAUGAAGGAGGAUCUGCUCAGAUCAUCUGUCCUUAUGAUCCCAUCUAUAAAUCAAAGUCAAAGUAUCUGUGUAAGAGCUCCACUACAGAUAGAAAUCCUCUCAUUGAGACUGUGAGAGAUGAGAUGAAGAUGAACAGAUUGACUGUGAUUUAUGACAUGACAGCAAGUGUGUUUACUGUGAACAUCACUGGAUUGACAGCAGAGGAUGCUGGGAAAUACUGCUGUACAGUGAGAUUAGAAACAGAUGUGAUUUAUCUUUACACUCAUCUGAUUAUUAUCAUGAACGAGGAGAUGAUCUUGAAUAAAUGUGAAGGAGACAACAUGUCAAUCCAGUGUAAACAUCAUGCUGUAUUUCAGAAACUCUUCUGUAAAGCACAAGAACCCUCAAUGUGUGUAAAUGAUGGAGUUUCAUUAAAGUCAAUGAGAGAUAAUGAAACAUCUGCUGGAGUCUUUACUGUAAACAUCAGUCAUCUGAGAGAAGAGGAUUCUGGGAUAUACUGGUGUGGAUCUCACAUCAUCACUAAAGUCAAGUUAAACGUCACAAGAGAUUUCUCUAUGAUCAUUAUUGUGUGUGUUUGUGUGAUUCUGCUGCUGAUUGGAGGAAUCACUCUGAUUGUUUAUAAAUUAAGAUGCAACAAGACUCCAGGUCCUGGAUCAGCACAAUUACCCACAAUCCCCUCUGAUAAUCUGCUGUACGCUGCUGUCAGUUUCCACAAGUAUGAAGAUUCAGUCAGUGACGUUACAGACACGUUCAGUAAGAAGGAGAUUUUAACCGACUACACCACUGUCAGUCAACACACAAGACAAAAUUUACUUUUUUAUAAAAGAUCAAAGUGACAAUUAUAGGUUUUCAUUCCAAACAUAU